AUGUCAACUAACAGACCCUCACGACACCAUGGCUUCCGUGGCUACGCUGCAGAUCACGAUCGUUUGAAACGAGCAUUAUUACAACCAGUUCAAUCUUGGGUUAAAAAAUGGCAAUAUCCAAAUGGUGGAAAAAACUUUGAGAUAUUAAAAUGGACAAAAUCCGAUAAGAAAUUGACCUUCGAUGACGCAGAUGAAAGUGGUAUUGUAGUAACGACUCGUCAACAAGUUAAUAGUGAGGACACACCGACUCCAACGGCUUCUAUCAUCCAACCUCCAACAGAGGCAUCUACUCCUCAACCAUCCGAGACAGAACCAGAUUCAAGUUUCUCGAGACCACCAUUUGCAAAGGCAACAUCAUUACUUCGCCAAGCCUCUCUUACAUCUGCAGUAUCUACACCAGGGGAGAAUCUGAACAGCAAUAAUAAUAAUACACCACGUGAAAUAGAAUCAUCAGUAGCAAAUAACUAUGGUGAGCGAACAGAUGAGUAUGAGAGACAGAUUAAUGAAUACCCUGAUGCGGUUGAAGAAUAUGGAGAACAAAAUAGCGAAUAUGAAGGACCUAGUAGUGAUUAUGGUGGACCAUCCACAGAUGAAUACGAUGAACAAGCAAGCGAAUAUGAGGAACAAACCAGCGAAUUUAUGGAACAGACGGAAGAACAGUCAGAACACAUACCAUAUCAAGGACAGGUAACCACGCAAAUAACAGCGUACAUAGACCCGGAUAAGGAAAUUUUAGCAGAGACAAAAAGCACAGAAGAUGGAGAGAUCGAAGAAGGAUAUGAAUAUUUGGAAGAUUUAUGA